AUGUUGAUUUUUUUCAGAGUUAUAUCAAAAAUGCUAAUAUUGUUUUUAUUUAGUGCAAUUUAUUCAGAAGAAUUACAAUUUUUAGUUAAGGGAUUUGGUAUGUACAUAUGUACAAAAGAUGGUUAUACACUUUAUGGAUGCAGUGAUAAAAGCUAUAUCUCAAAGUUUUUAUUGGAAUAUGACAACAAUGGAAAAUUGUUUAUAAUAUCUCCUAAAUAUAACAAAAUAUUUGAUAUCGCGAAUAACGAAUCACUAAUACUGUGGCCAAAACAUGGUGGACCCAAUCAAGUCUUUGAGUUAAAUUGGAUAAAUAAUAAAGAAUUUAUGCUAAUGAACAGAGAAAAAUGUGUUGUUUACAAUGAUGUAACAAAUAAGUUUGAUUACAAAGACUGUAAACUUGGUAGCGAGAGAAAUAAGUUAUUUAAGGUCGGACCUGAUGAGGAAAGACCAGAACAAUUAACUAGGCCUUCGUUAAUUUCACCAACACAUGACAAUGAACAUGCAGAAGACGACUCUUGUUCUUGCUUUGAUGAACCUAUAAGACGAAAAAGAAGACAUAGGCAUCAUAUUGACGAUCCGCAUUAUCGGCGAAGAGGGGGACAUAGACAUUACAGACCAAUGAAGAGGUAA